AUGAUAAGAGUUAUGAAGACAACACAACAAGCCAGUGUUACAGUUGGGGACCUCGGCCCUUUGAGGGGGGCCUCCACAUUCCUGACAGUCCGGUCUUCGCAUGAACAAACGCCGCCCGGGAGGAGGCUGGGGGCAGGUGCAUGCAGGUGGGGCUUUUCCAAGGCCGGUUUUCCCCGGCUCCCGCUGGAACUUCCAGAGGGCCACGGGCCCGCGACACUGGACACCCGCCCGUCCCCCUCCUCCUCCUGCAUCCGCAGCUCGCGAGCCUCUGCGCUCCCGGCGAGGUUCCCGGAAACUCCUCGAUUUCCCUGUCGCCGCCGCGUUUGCAAGAAACCGAAACCCAGGCCCCGCCCCCCGCGCCAGCCGGGAGCUGGCAACUGGGGCCUGCGCCCGGGGCUGGGUCAGAACUGGGCGGCCGGAGCGGCCCCUCCCGGACCGACGGAGCCGAGGUGGAGGUGGGAGGCCCUUCUGAGUGCCAGGGCUGCGCUAGGCGCCCACCCCCUGCAGGUGUCGUCCCCAGCGGCUCAGCACCGCCCGCGGGAAAGCUGCAGUUCUAACCCGAUCGUUCAGGUUGCAUCCGAUGGCGGAGUGCCCAGCGAGGGCGGGGGGCAGGCAACACAGCCUCCCCUGCAACAAUGUAGAGGCCAGCAGUGGGGCAGUCCCAAGGAUGCAGAUGGAGAAGCGGAAGAGGUCUCUCCUGGUCACAGAGUCUGGCAGGGGCCUCGAAAACCACGCAUCAUCUGCUGCCCAAGUAGGGCAUGAUGUUUCACAGACAUCAUCUCUGUCACAGUAAAGCAGCAAAGUAGGGCUAUUGUUUUGGAGUUGAGGAAACUACAGCGGCCAAACUGGGAUUUCUUCUCGUCUUGGCAGCCCCACGCAGGGUAGGCUUUCCUUUACUUCCCCGGGGAAGGUGAACCCCCCGGAGGUGGGCCACCCCUCGAAAAGGGGACAGUUUGAAAACCGAAACCCUCCCUUCUUGACACCCAUUAACGGGCUUGAGGAAGCAGGUUGGUUUUCAAGGACUCAAUCCUUGAGUCCACUCUGAACAGGACGGCAGGUGCCGGGGUGACCCCCUCACCGGGGCUGGGAAGACAGAGAUCCCGGGGGCAUCCCCAGGAAAGAAGGGCAAAGAGAUGGCCUCAGGAGCUAGCAGGCUGGGUGAGCGCCGAGUGAGGGGAGUAACUGCGGGCCGGGGGCGUUCGACUUUCCAGGAGCGCUUUCUCCCGGGUGCGCUGGU